GUUACGCUGUCACUCUCGCUCAUCUUCUUCCUCAUUAAUCGUCUAAGGCAGCGAAAGAUCCGUGCUCGUGAGACCCGGAGUGAUGAUCAACGAAGCAUGGGCAGUAUUGGCUACAUUGGUGGCACAAUUCCGUACGAGUACAAUGCCUCAGCAUAUCCGUAUGAAAACAAUUCAAAUCAUUACCAACUGUGGAAGCCACCCAGUGGUUACUUUCCACGCGGUGAGGCUCCACCACCGUAUGAGGAGGCUGUUGCAAUGAAUGCCUCCUCGUGCACUGUGAGCGUUGCCACAACAACCCACCGAACGGUGCCCAUUAGCAUCUGCCCGGGCGACAGUAGUAGCGACAUUGCACCGUCAAACAUCACAACAAACACCACUAAUCUCAUUAAUAUCAACAUUAACAAUGCUGGCAGCAUAACAGCCGUUGCAACGGGUGAAAAUCAUCAAAUUAACAAUUCCAUCUCUGCCAUACAGAAUAAUAGUACUUCUAACACAUUAAUGGUGAGUGGUGCAAAUCAACCGCGUUCCACGCAGACCCAAUUCAAUUGCACCUCAGCUGCGUGUUUGGUGGAGAAUGGUGGCAUUGCUGCUGCCAAUGUGACGAACACAUCUUCAGCAAUUUGUUCAUACGCAUCACCAUCGCAAGAGCCAAAGAAUCAGCAGCAGCAGCAGCAAUGUGAGGAGGCUCAAGCAGUUGGGCAGAUUUGCAUGAGAUCUCCAUGCAAUGGACGCGCAAUGGGUGCUCUCAAAGCACCCACAGAGACUCCAACAGUGCAGGAAAAACCAGUGGUGGUGAGUGCUGAAGUAGAGGCUGCAGCAGCAGAAUUGAAGGCUCCAACAAUUCUUCCACCUCCACUCUUUGAUGGGAGUAAAUCCUUGACGAGGGAUCACACAGGUGGCGGAGGGGGCUCAAAGACUCCAUCCACCUAUCGAAGGUACCAUCGCACAAUUCCACGGCAUUUCACCACCGGAAGCAGCAGCACCGGAGAAGGGGCAAAAGUGGACAAGAAGACGUGUCAGUGCCCCAUUCAGCAUGUGCCAAUGACCUACAUGGGGGCAAGUCAUCUCAAUUCAGUGCCACAGAGUGUUUUCCUCUCGGGCCUACCCACCAAGUUGAUAAGUAGCAAGAAUAAAUCCAAAGCGAAGGCCGAUGAUGGCACACAGCAUCACAGCAGCAGCACCAGCGGAAGCCUCCAAGUGACCGAAGGGGGGGCAGCAAUGGGGGGAAUUUCGCAAACAAACAGCCUUCGACGGGGACGUUCACCAAAUGCAAAAAUCGACGGAGCAUCAUCAAUCAUCACGACCCCAUCAUCAGGCACCAAUUCCCUCCCAUCGAGCUCUUCGAGUGCCACGGCGAAGAUUCCAACAAUCUCCAAAUACGUCAUCAAUGCCGAAAUGAAUAAACCCCUUGCCGAAGUGGAGCUCCAUCAUACAACAAAUUCCCUCCCACAGACCCCAAAUCAAUCCCAUCCGCGUCAUGUGCAGUCAAUCCUUAAGCACAGCCCACACGCGGGGGGAGGAAAAGUUUCCGGGGGUGUGUUGACGAAGGAAGUGGACACACCACCAUUUCCCAUUCAACUCAUUGACACCAUGUCAUCGGCACUGCAUCACCAGCAGCAGCAGCCACAGAAUCCACAAAAUCCGGCCCUUCCGCCAAAGCUCAAUCGUACGGGACAGAGGUAUCAUGUUGUGAAUGCAGCAGCACCACCGAAGAUUCAGACAAUUUCCAAAGCAGGAACAGCACACUAUGUACCCCGAAUGAUUCCCUACACGGGCACAGCUUCGAGUCACUUCUACAAAUCCCUCCCGCGCAAUGAGGAGGCCCUCAAAACAAUGCAGGCAUUUGUCUUUGCGGACACGCGCAUGUCGGAGAAGUCCCAGAGUUUGCACAAGAUUAACGCACAGGCAUCCCCGGGGGCAGCAACGAGUAUCAUUUAUGGUUUCCCACCGGCUGUCAAUCACAUCACGUACUCCCUGCCAAAGACUUCCAUGGCAUCUGCUGGGGCGUGCGGGAAGAAUGGGGCGAGAUGUUCAAUUUCGGAAGUUGUGAGUAAAGUACCUUCCGUCAUUAACAUUCCAUCACCAACGGCAAAUCCCAUCACUGUGUCAGCGGGACAUGCAGCACAGAGACAGCAAAUUGCAAUGCAUCGGAAUGCUGCAGCAGCAGCGGGGAUGCAAAAGCCCAGCACAACAGGAGGUGGUGGUGAUGAGAAACCCCUUCCGGUGUGUACAACAUCGAAGAAUUGCUCAAACCCAAAGGAGCACUUCUUGCCAAAUGACACGAGCUUGGAUGAUGAUUACUUGAGUGAGUGUGAGAAUUGCAAAUCAGCCCAUGGGUCACGGUACUAUCUCGAUGCGGAAACAGAAGAGACGCCCCAGGAGACGAUGACGCUGCAGAGGAAGAUGCCGGACAAUGAGGAGGAUCAACCGUACUAUCGAGCUUCACUUACGCUACCUACAAACACCAAGCAAAAAUCCACAUCUCUCAAAAAUAGUCGAGAAACUUGGUUCACCUCCAUUCCAGGAAGUUCAUCAUCUGAUGAUGAGGCGUGCGAAUGAGAUUUAAGUAAUCUUAUUUAAUUUAAUAAGACCACCAAUUAAAUUAAAUAAGAUUCAUCCUCCAUUCUCUUUUUUUCUCAAACACUCUCACCACCAUUCACUUCUUUAGGCAAUCGAUUAAAUCGAGAGGUGUUCUUAAAGAAAAAUUAAUUAAAAUUAAUUAAUCCAGAAUAUGUUAAAUUUUAGGAAGAAAAAAGAAUUCUCGAAAUAUGAACUUCUCGUUAUAUCUUCAAUAUUAAAAUAUAUUUAAAAGAAAAUUUACCAAAAUGAGAUAUAUUAAGUAUAAAAAAAUUGCAAACGAAGCAUUAGAUAAACAAACGAAGUUAUAUUAUAAAGUAUAAAAGAAAUCGUAUUUAAACUAUAAACUUUCAAAGGAAUUAAAUCCACCGAAUUUUAACGUCCUCCUGAUGAUUAUAUUUUAAAAAUAUAUUCGUCCUAAGUUACCUGUUUUACCUACUAUUUUUUAAGUUUUAAUUUUUUUUGUAUCAUUAUUAUUAAAUAACUUGCUCUGUAGAUUCGUAAUGUAGUCGUCGUUGUUGUGAAAUCUUUUCUCUCAAAAGAUUAAAGAAAAAAAAAAUUAAAUAAAAGAUAUGAAAAAUGUGAAAAGUUAUGGAAAAAAAACCAAAUAAAAAAAAGUAUAGAGUAUAUUUCUGAUAAAAUUUAGAAUUUAAGAGGUGCAAAGUUAAAGCUGUAGGGGAAAAAAUUAACAAAAAAAAUGGUAUUUGGUGAAAAUUUUUGGUCUCUAAUGCAAAGUAUUUGGAUUAAGUAAUGGAUUUCAAUGAGGGAAAAUAUUUGAGAGAGAGAGAAUCUAUAAUAAAUUUAAAAAAAUUAGAUUAAUAAAGUAUACAAAAACACAACACACAAAGUCAUUAAUAUGAAGGAAUUUAUUAGAGUAAAGAAUUUCAGUAUUUGAGAUGUGUUCUUGCUGAAUUUCUACUUCACAAAUAAUAAGAGUUUUUGCAGGGUUGUAAAAUAAAAUAAAUUGCAAAAUUGACAUAAUUUUAGAUUUUACAGCCGAGACACAUUUCGUGCCAUAAAAAAGGAAGUGAUUUUCCACUAAUUCUCAGCAGUUUAUAGGACCUUGCAGAGGUACUUUUCAAUCAAUUCAAGAAUAAAUCGAACACAGAAAUCUAUAAUAGAAAAUAAAUCUGAAUGAUUGAUCUAGGAAGAACAAUUUAACGAUAUUCCUCUGAAUUUAAGGUUUAGGCUGUCCGAGUAAUGUUUACGUUAUAACUUUGAAUGCAAUUUUUGGCCAAUUAAUUAAAACGCAAGAAAGAUUUUAAUUUGUUUUCAAAAAUUGACUCAAAAAACUCAUGAAAUCUUGAAUUUUUUUUAUAGUUUCUUAGUCCAGACAUUAAGCUUUCAAAAUACGUCACCAAAGGUUUUACAGAAGUUUAGGGCGCUGCUUGUUAAUUUUAUAGCAUUUUUAUUAGCCAAUGAAAUUUUUUACUUUACAAAAUUCCUUCAAAAAAUCACAAAAAUGUAGGGAAUAUCAAUAGAAAAAAAAAUGAUUGAAAAAAUACUUAAAAAUCUCUUCAGGUUGUUAAAUAAAAUUUCAAAGGGAGUUUAGUGAAAAGAAAAAAACUGAAAAUUAAAAACUAUUAUUGAAGCCAUUUAAUGUUAUUAAAACAAUGAAAAAAGAUAGAUUAAUUAAUCUGUGUGCUCUUCAACCUUUAAAAAAAAUUGCAGUCAAACUUUCAAGAAACAAAAUUCUUUUUGGGAAACACAAACAGGAGACAAGGAAGAUAGCUAAUGAAGAAAAAUAAAAAUAUAUUACACACAAGAAAUAUAAUUAUCAAUGUGUCAUUUAUUCAAGAAUAUAAUUGUAAUAGUAAAUUUAAAAAAAAAUAGGAGACAUUUUAAAAGUAAAAAAUAAUAAUACAUAAUAUAUUAAUAGUAUUCAUCAACGCAGUAUUAUCUCUAUCGAAUAAUUAAUUAAUUAAUUAUAAAGAAAUGACAAAAGGUAAAAAAAAAAAACGUGUAGUUGUUCUCUCAAGAAUAAUGAAAAGGAAUUUACUUGAUAAAAAUUACAUUUCUCGCUCAACAAGAAAUAAAUACUCUUGCCAAAGCCAACAAACCAAAGGUUUUGAAUUCCAAUCUUUUUUUUUCUUUAAUAAUUCUUUUGUUUUUUCUUUACAUUCCUUUUGAAAUUAAUUUUUCUUGUUUUUUUUACAACAAACUAUUGAAUAAUAAUUAUAAAAGAGAAAUGAACAAAAAAACAUCUCCGCUUCUCUCAAUCUCCUUGCACUUUGUAAAAUACAUUUUUUUUGUUUUUUAUUUCAAUAAAAUAUUUAUCAACUUAGGAAUUACAAUACGCGUAAUUUUUACUACCUAUUAACUAUACUAGAAAAAAAAUUAAUGUGAUUUUUUGGCCUAUAUCUCAACAUUUUUCUUUUAAUUCAUCUCUCUAAAUUUUUGUUUUAUUUUUUUUUUUCGUUAACUACCUACGUAUAUUAUAAUGUAAUAACUAAUAAAUUGACAUAAUAAAUAUAUUAACAUUAUACAUGUAUUAUUGUAAUUAAAUAAAAAUGAAAAAAAAAA